CCAGAGGUGAGGCUGUUGUUUAAAAACCUGGAGCCAGGAGGGGAGACCCCCACAUUCAAGAGGAGCUUUCAAGCGAUCUGGAGAAAGAACGGCAGAACACACAGCAAGGUAAGGUCCUCUCUGGGGAUCACCCCAUUGGCCGAAGAUGACACCACUCUUCCUCUUGUCUUUUGCCUUGCCUGGCCUCCUGCAUGCCCAGCAAGACUGCUCCCGUGGGGCCUGCUAUCCACCUGUCGGGGACCUGCUUGUUGGGAGGACCCGGUUUCUCCGAGCUUCAUCUACCUGUGGACUGACCAAGCCUGAGACCUACUGCACCCAGUAUGGCGAGUGGCAGAUGAAAUGCUGCAAGUGUGACUCCAGGCAGCCUCACAACUACUACAGUCACCGAGUAGAGAAUGUGGCUUCAUCCUCUGGCCCCAUGCGCUGGUGGCAGUCACAGAAUGAUGUGAACCCUGUCUCUCUGCAGCUGGACCUGGACAGGAGAUUCCAGCUUCAGGAAGUCAUGAUGGAGUUCCAGGGGCCAAUGCCCGCCGGCAUGCUGAUUGAGCGCUCCUCAGACUUCGGUAAGACCUGGCGAGUGUACCAGUACCUGGCUGCCGACUGCACCUCCACCUUCCCUCGGGUCCGCCAGGGUCGGCCUCAGAGCUGGCAGGAUGUUCGGUGCCAGUCCCUUCCCCAGAGGCCUAAUGCACGCCUAAAUGGGGGGAAGGUCCAACUUAACCUUAUGGAUUUAGCAUCUGGGAUUCCAGCAACUCAAAGUCAAAAAAUUCAAGAGCUGGGGGAGAUCACAAACUUGAGAGUCAAUUUCACCAGGCUGGCCCCUGUGCCCCAAAGGGGCUACCACCCUCCCAGCGCCUACUAUGCUGUGUCCCAGCUCCGUCUGCAGGGGAGCUGCUUCUGUCACGGCCAUGCUGAUCGCUGCGCACCCAAGCCUGGGGCCUCUGCAGGCCCCUCCACCGCUGUGCAGGUCCACGAUGUCUGUGUCUGCCAGCACAACACUGCCGGCCCAAAUUGUGAACGCUGUGCACCCUUCUACAACAACCAGCCCUGGAGACCUGCAGAGGGCCAGGACGCCCAUGAAUGCCAAAGGUGCGACUGCAAUGGGCACUCAGAGACAUGUCACUUUGACCCCGCUGUGUUUGCCGCCAGCCAGGGGGCAUAUGGAGGUGUGUGUGACAAUUGCCGGGACCACACCGAAGGCAAGAACUGUGAGCGGUGUCAGCUGCACUAUUUCCGGAACCGGCGCCCGGGAGUUUCCAUUCAGGAGACCUGCAUCCCCUGCGAGUGUGAUCCGGAUGGGGCAGUGCCAGGGGCUCCCUGUGACCCAGUGACCGGGCAGUGUGUGUGCAAGGAGCAUGUGCAGGGAGAGCGCUGUGACCUAUGCAAGCCGGGCUUCACGGGACUCACCUACGCCAACCCACAGGGCUGCCACCGUUGUGACUGCAACAUCUUGGGGUCCCGGAGGGACAUGCCGUGUGACGAGGAGAGUGGGCACUGCCUUUGUCUGCCCAACGUGGUGGGUCCCAAAUGUGACCAGUGUGCUCCCUACCACUGGAAGCUGGCCAGUGGCCAGGGCUGUGAACCAUGUGCCUGCGACCCGCACAACUCCCUCAGCCCACAGUGCAACCAGUUCACAGGGCAGUGCCCCUGUCGGGAAGGCUUUGGUGGCCUGACGUGCAGCGCUGCAGCCAUCCGCCAGUGUCCAGACCGGACCUAUGGAGACGCGGCCACAGGAUGCCGAGCCUGUGACUGUGAUUUCCGGGGAACAGAGGGCCCGGGCUGCGACAAGGCAUCGGGCCGCUGCCUCUGCCGCCCUGGCCUGACCGGGCCCCGCUGUGACCAGUGCCAGCGAGGCUACUGCAACCGCUACCCGGUGUGUGUGGCCUGCCACCCUUGCUUCCAGACCUAUGAUGCGGACCUGCGGGAGCAGGCCCUGCGCCUUGGUAGCCUCCGCAAUGCCACAACCAGCCUGUGGUCAGGGCCAAGGCUGGAGGACCGUGGCCUGGCCUCCCGGAUCCUAGAUGCGAAGAGUAAGAUUGAGCAGAUUCGAGCAGUUCUCAGCAGCGCCGCAGUCACAGAGCAGGAGGUGGCUCAGGUGGCCAGUGCCAUCCUCUCCCUCAGGCGAACUCUCCAGGGCCUGCAGCCGGAUCUGCCCCUAGAGGAGGAGAUGUUGUCCCUUCCGAGAGACCUGGAGAGUCUGGACAGAACCUUCAAUGGUCUCCUCACUAUGUAUCAGAGGAAGAGGGAGCAGUUUGAAAAAAUAAGCAGUGCUGAUCCUUCAGGAGCCUUCCGGAUGCUGACCACAGCCUACGAGCAGUCAGCCCAGGCUGCUCAGCAGGUCUCCGACAGCUCGCACCUCUUGGACCAGCUGAGGGACAGUCGGAGAGAGGCAGAGAGGCUGGUGCGGCAGGCGGGAGGAGGAGGAGGCGCCGGCAGCCCCAAGCUUGUGGCCCUGAGGCUGGAGAUGUCUUCGUUGCCUGACCUGACACCCACCUUCAACAAGCUCUGUGGCAACUCCAGGCAGAUGGCUUGCACCCCAGUAUCAUGCCCUGGUGAGCUGUGUCCCCAAGACAAUGGCACAGCCUGUGGCUCCCACUGCAAGGGUGUCCUUCCCAGGGCCGGUGGGGCCUUCUUGAUGGCGGGGCAGGUAGCUGAGCAGCUGCGGGGCUUCAAUGCCCAGCUCCAGCAGACCAGGCAGAUGAUUAGGGCAGCCGAGGAAUCUGCCUCACAGAUUCAAUCCAAUGCCCAGCGCUUGGAGACCCAGGUGAGCGCCAGCCGCUCCCAGAUGGAGGAAGAUGUCAGACGCAUGCGGCUCCUAAUCCAGCAGGUCCGGGAUUUCCUAACAGACCCCGACACUGAUGCAGCCACUAUCCAGGAGGUCAGUGAGUCCGUGCUGGCCCUGUGGCUGCCCACAGACUCAGCUACUGUUCUGCAGAAGAUGAAUGAGAUCCAGGCCAUUGCAGCCAGGCUCCCCAACGUGGACCUGGUGCUGUCCCAGACCAAGCAGGACAUUGCGCGCGCCCGCCGGUUGCAGGCUGAGGCUGAGGAAGCCAGGAGCCGAGCCCAUGCAGUGGAGGGCCAGGUGGAGGAUGUGGUUGGGAACCUGCGGCAGGGGACAGUGGCACUGCAGGAAGCUCAGGACACCUUGCAAGGCACCAGCCGCUCCCUUCGGCUUAUCCAGGACAGGGUUGCUGAGGUUCAGCAGGUACUACGGCCAGCAGAAAAGCUGGUGACAAGCAUGACCAAGCAGCUGGGUGACUUCUGGACACGGAUGGAGGAGCUCCGCCGCCAAGCCCGGCAGCAGGGUGCAGAGGCAGUCCAGGCCCAGCAGCUUGCAGAAGGUGCCAGCGAGCAGGCAUUGAGUGCCCAAGAGGGAUUUGAGAGAAUAAAACAAAAGUAUGCUGAGUUGAAGGACCGGUUGGGUCAGAGUCCCAUGCUGGGUGAGCAGGGCGCCCGGAUCCAGAAUGUGAAGACAGAGGCAGAGGAGCUGUUUGGGGAGACCAUGGAGAUGAUGGACAGGAUGAAAGACAUGGAGUCGGAGCUGCUGCGGGGCAGCCAGGCCAUCAUGCUGCGCUCGGCGGACCUAACAGGACUGGAGAAGCGUGUGGAGCAGAUCCGUGACCACAUCAACGGGCGUGUGCUCUACUAUGCCACCUGCAAGUGAUGCUACAGCUUCCAGCCCCUUGCCCCACUCAUCUGCCACCUUUGCUUUUUGUUGGGGGCAGAUUGGGUUGGAAUGCUUUCCGUCUCCAGGAGACUUUCAUGCAGCCUAAAGCACAGCCUGGACCACCCCUGGUGUGCAGCUGGUAAGAUUACCCUGAGCUGCAGCUGAGCCUGAGCCAAUGGGACAGUUACACUUGACAGACAGAGGUGGUGGAGAUUGGCAUGCCAUUGAAACUAAGAGCUCUCAAGUCAAGGAAGCUGGGCUUGGCAGUACUCCCUGCCUUUAGUUCUCCACUAGGGAGGAAUCCUGGACCAAACACAAAAACGUAACAAAAAUGAUGUAAAAAUGAAAAGCUAAAUAAAAAUCUUUGGAAAAGAGCCUGGAGGUUCAACGAGGAAAAA